CCACACGCUGCGAUCUGAGUUGACUGGGGUUGUGUAUGUAAUCAUCUCCACCCCCAAUCGGUCCAAAGUCCAAAUAUAUGACGAUUGGGAACCAUCCACUCUCUGGGGGUUCUGAGGCAAUAUCUUCCCUUUCCUUCUCCUCCCGACUACUCUUACUACUACUCUUACUACUACUACUACUUUUACUACCCACACACAAAUACCACCGCCUUUUAUUUGCUCUUUAUACAACUCACCGCUACUGACCGGACAGUAAUAUCUAAUAAAUCCUAAUUCCAUUCGUUCCAUUGAUUGUCUUUUACACUUUCAUCCGCUCACCCGCACCUGUCUCGUGUUUCUCCAGAUCAUUCUUCUUCUUAUUCUUAUCAUCUUCUUUACUAUUCUUACUAUUAUUUUCUAUCCAUUAUUACAUGCAUGACACAUUGCGUCCUGGAGAAUCCCACACUCUGAUCCUCACUGCUUACAUUAUCUCACUUGAGACCCGCGCUCUCAAUCCACACUCCCACAUCAUCCCCCCCCCCGAUCGACCUCUGUGAUCCUUUUUAGCGUCGGCUUGU